UCAAAGUUGCGCGACAUAGGAUGCGCAUCAAAAACGUAAUGAGGUCAUUCAUCGAUAGAUUUUACUCCUCACAUUGCAAAUCGAUUCUUAAGGAGUAAACUCCAAAAAAAUUCCGAUGCAUCUCACGCACGCUCGGUCAUAUGUCAUAUUCGUUUUUCCGGUAAAAAUAUGGUAGCAUACCAGUACAAAUGGCGUCGGAUUCGUGACGUCGUUACCACUGGCCAGUAUACUGGUGUAUAUUUCGGAAUACACCCGGAGUGAUUGGUGAAAUGACAUUGACAUUUGGAAAUUUGAAAUGGCGUUUUUGUAACAGUUGUUUGCACUACAAGUCUGUUUGAAAAUUUAAGCUUUAUUUGUUGUGCGUUUUUCUUUUUCAGGUGCUAUGGACAAGAGCUUCGACUUAAGCCGCUUAUUGAAGAACCACAAGAAGCACAAAUCUAAACCCAUGCAAUUCGUGAGCGUUGCUGGUGGGGUCCAGAAACGUCUGGAAACUAACAUAAAAAACAGAAAAAGCAGUCGUUUGACUGUCUUUGACAACUUAAGGAAUUUGACAAAUGUUGUUGGUAGUCCGGCUCGUGUGUCAGACAAGAAAUCUAAAGAGGAACAUCGAAGGCUACAAUUGGAAAAAUGGAAGGAGGAGAAAGAGAAAAAGAAGAGAGAGGCAGCAACACAAAAAAAGAAACCGUUUUUGGUAGGAUUGCCACCUUCGAAGGUUGUGCCACCCCCACCACCCCCAAAACCUUUGCCAAGCACAUCAGGCAGGGUUACAAGAUCACAAUCAAACAAAGCAGCCAUAAAACAAAAAGCUGAACCAAAACUGGUAAAAAUGACAAAGUCCUUUGCCCCAAAACAUGCAUCGUUUCAAGCACCGCAAAUAAAAAAUCUGACGGUACUACCAAAAUUGGCCCCACCAACAAAGAAAAAAGAUAACAUUGUUUAUAAGUUUGACCCAGUUUUACCGAAUACACUAAAACAAAACACAAAGUCGACUCGAUCAAAGACAGUAAGUAAUAACACUGUACAGCCAGUUAUACGAAUCACAAGAACUACUGCUAAAGAUUUAGAAAAUAAACCCAAAGGUAGGAAUCCUAGGAUAACAAAGGUACUGUCUCCCAGAAGUCCUAUUCCUAAAAGUGAGUCAAGUUCUGAAGAGAAGUUGAGGUCUCCCAAGUCACCUGUAGAGAUACCAAUGACACCUGAACAGAUUGUUGAUGAAGCAAAGAAGCUAAGUCCUUGUGUGACCAUGUCCAGAGGAAAGGAUAAUGCAAGAAAAGAAAUGAAGAAAAAAAUUGAUGAAGGUUUGUUAGAUGAAGACACCAGUGACAUGGACAGUGUCAACCAUUUCAGACGACAACUGAACUCUGAGAUCAAGAGAAUGACUGAAAUGUGUGAAAUAUGGGAGAAGAUACAGGAGCAGACUUGUCUAUCAGAUUCCAUUCAGGAAUUGGUGCUGAGUGCAGUAGGGCAGGCUCGUUUGCUGAUGACACAGAAGUUAGCACAAUUCGGAUCGUUGGUGGAGAGAUGUGCUCGCCCCGACUCCAGCCAAGCGCUUGUGACACCUGCAGACCUGGCCGGGUUCUGGGACAUGGUGUUCAUGCAGGUGGAAAACAUAGACAUGCGCUUCAAGAAACUGGAAGAGCUCAAGAGUCGUGGUUGGGUUGAGGACAAACCGGUUGAAGUGAAGAAGAAAGUGGUCAACAAGGCCAACGUUAAUAAGAAACCGAAUAAGCCCACCGCUGGGCCUAGCCGCUUGCGUGAAAUGAUCGCUGCUGCAAGAAAAGCUAAAAUGGAAGCCGACACCUCGGUAUCUACCACGUCGCUCACACCCGUACGACCUAGUACGGAAAGUAAGACAUUCGAGGCGGGGUUCUUCAGCGUGCAGUCGCCGGUUCGAUGCCCGGCGCCGUCGCCGCGCGUAACGCCCGCUAAACCAACGUUGUUGAAGGCAGUGCUAUCCAGCGAGGCGAAGAAAUCUGCUUCUAAGAGCACAUCUUUCGCGAUGCUGCGUGCGUCCGUGUUGAGUAAGAACAUGGAACAUGACGGAAUAGCGUUAUUGCCACAAACUCCCAUAAAUUUGAAUGCUACACCGGGUCGUAGCAUUCUAAAAUCCGUCAGCAUUUCCGAAAAGAAGUCUUCAAAGAAGGUUCUCUUCGACGACUCGGACAACGACAUCAAAGAAAACUCUGAUUCCGCAGAGGAACCUUUCAUUGGCUUCAAAACACUUCCUGAAUCGGACAACAAUGCAGACAGUGGUGUUUCAAGCAUGGACAUAGAAAAGGAAAAUAAAGAAAGCUCUCGAAGGAAAAGUAAGCUGUUCAGACAAGAAGCAGUCACCGAUGAUUGGAGUCCGGUCAUGACCAGAAGCCGUCGCAAAAGCAUGAAUACACCGAAGGAAGAUUCAGAAAACUGUGCACAGGAAAAGACUCCGAAGAGAUCCACGAGGAAAAAGAAAACUCUGCAGGAAAACAAUAGCAAUGUGAAUAGUGAAAAAUCUGAAAUAGACACACCGAAGCGAUCUACUGGUUCAAGACGGAGUAGAGGACUAAAGAACAUUGAAACUUGAUGACUUCUUCAUAUGAUACAACUGUGACUUCUUAUCGUUUUUAAAGUAGUUUGUCAAAAGAUUAUGCUGUGAAAAUUUCAGUUCCUUUUCUAAUGGCCAGUUUUAAUAAUCAACAUUUAGUUAGGAUAAUCUGGUUCUGUUUCCUUAGCAACACUUGUUAUUAAAAUCUAAAAAAAGAAUUUAAACAUGAAGGCAACAAUGCUCUAAUUGAGUUUAAUUAUUGAAACUGAAUGUAAUAAAUAAUUUUGUAUGACGUUUUUAAAACGUGAAAAAGUAUGUUUGUGUUCAAAAUAAAAUAAAA